AUGACAUAUCGACAAAUCCCCGAGUCGCUGGAAAGCAAGUUCUUCGCCUCGUGCAAGGCCUGCCAGAGGUACUAUAAAUUUGAGGUCCGCAGAUUCAGUGGAGAGUACAUGAUUUUUAUUAGCACGAGAUACCUUGAUGUGGGUCAGGCUGUGGCUCGAAAUUGCCCCGGCGAUGGAAGAUCUAAGAAGAUCUUGUCCGAGGAGGAAUUGAUCCUCCGAAACGUCAAACUUGUCACUGAGCACAAGUACGAGGCCGAGCUGACACUUAUGAUGGCCGAAAGUGGAAUUUGGUUUGAGCGGCCUGAGAUUUCGUGA